AUGGAAAUGAUGAAACAUAACAUUAUAGAGGUGAGCCUUGGGAAGAGCCAAAUUUCCAUGGCAGAAGGUGAUCUUCAAGCUACACGAUGUGUCAAGAGACGAAGAAGAGAGGUUGCUGCAGCAGUUAGCAGUGGUGACGAUAGCCACCAGCAGCAGUUACCAAAACAACACGGUGGUGAAAAUUCUACAAUCAACACAACAAAGAGAAGCUCAAAAUUUCGUGGUGUUAGCAGACAUAGGUGGACUGGUCGGUAUGAAGCUCACUUGUGGGACAAACUCUCUUGGAACAUAACACAGAAGAAAAAAGGGAAGCAAGGGGCUUAUGAUGAAGAAGAAUCAGCUGCCAGAGCAUAUGAUUUAGCCGCACUUAAGUAUUGGGGAACUUCAACCUUCACCAAUUUUCCAAUAUCUGAUUACGGGAAGGAUAUGGAAAUAAUGCAGACUAUGACCAAAGAGGAGUAUUUAGCAACUUUAAGGAGAAAGAGCAGUGGUUUUUCAAGAGGUGUGUCGAAGUAUAGGGGUGUUGCAAGGCACCACCACAAUGGUAGAUGGGAAGCAAGAAUAGGAAGGGUUUUUGGAAACAAAUAUCUCUAUCUCGGCACGUAUGGCACCCAAGAGGAAGCAGCACGAGCUUAUGACUUAGCGGCCAUUGAGUACAGAGGGAUCAAUGCUGUGACAAACUUUGAUUUGAGCACUUACAUAAAAUGGUUAAAGCCAGGAGGAGUAAGCACCCCAGAAGCAAAACUUGAAACACAAGCAGUACUAGAGGGUCAAAAGGUGGCAUCCCCAUCUAAUUAUUCUCUAACAGAAGAGUCAAAAUCUUCAGUCAUUCACAACAGUUUUUUCAGCCUAGAUUCUCUGAAUUCCCCAGUAGGGCAAGAGAAUUUUGGAAACAAACCCUACCCAUUCUCAAGCAGUAAGUCAUCUUCUCCCACUGCACUUGGCCUUCUUCUCCGCUCUUCGUUGUUUAGAGAAUUGGUUGAGAAGAAUUCAAAUGUAUCUGGAGAUGAAGCUGAUGAUGGGGAAGUCACAAAAAGUGAACAGCCACAAAUAGCUAGUGAUGAUGAUCUGGGUGGAAUCUUCUUUGAUAGUAUUGGUGAUAUCCCAUUUGUUUGUGAUCCCAAUAGAUACAACUUGGAAUUGCAAGAAAGAGACCUGCACUCAAUAUUUUGA